UUCCUCCAGAAGCAGCUUCUGCAGUUAGUUUCUUACCUACGGCUCGUACUUACUGGGGCUCGUUAUUACUCUAUGCCCAGAGCGCGCAUCGACCUCAGGCAACGACCAGCUACCGCAGUGCCUGUCGCCGCGUGCGGGCCGUCAGCCGUCCGAUGGUCAAAUGGCAGGGCUUCGCCUGCGCUGCUGCGGCGGCCAUCGGGCACAGCGGCAUCGACGCCACGCGCAAGUACGCCUCGCAGACACUCUCCUCCGCCGAGCUGGUCACGCUCGUCGGCAUUCUCGAUGCGCUCUUCCUCUCCUCCUUCAUCUUCGCCUUCCGCCUCGUCACCGAUCUGCGCUUCGUGACGUGGAAGCUCCUGCAGAUUCUCGUUGCCAGCUCAGCAGCGAAGAUCCUAGCUGGCGUCAUGUACCAGCGCGCGUUACACGUGGCACCCAUCUCCACGACUGUUCCGUUCCUCGCGUUCGUACCCGUGCUCCUACUGGCAACGUCGUUUCUUCUCCUGGGUGAAGUCCCGAGCGUACAAGGCGUUGUUGGGGUCGUAGUUGUAACGGCGGGUGGUUACCUCCUAGCGUUACAGAGUAGCAGCAGCAGCGGCGGCGGCAGUCGCGGCCCGAGCAGAGCCAGCAGCCGAGCCAGCAGCCCUCGGCCAGGAGUCGCUGCUGUUGGUAGCGGGAGUUCUUAUAACGAGAGCGAGGUCCUUGGUGACAAAAUCAAGGCCUCUGGUACAAUCACACCCACUGACGAUAACGGAGCCGACGUCGAAGCUAGGAUUACUCGAACUGACUCUGCCGGGGCUGGCUCACAGGCUGGGGCCGAACCAUCAUCUCCUGUAACUCCCAACCUGGCGAAACCUAGGUCGUCAAUUUUGAGGGGCAACCACCCUGUUCCUUUCUCGGCACCUCCCAUUAAUCGCACUGUAGCGAGACGGUUGACAGGGAACAACCACCCCGGAAUAAAUGGGGCAACUGACACUAUUGAGAGCCCUUAUGGGGUUACUGACUUGAGGCAGAACUCUGAUACAUCUUUUGGAGUCGGUUCGGAUGCAGGUUUGGAAUCCCCAGACCUGCGAGCCGAGGCUGACAGCGUGCUAGGUUCAGACAUAGCGUUGGAUCUGAGUUUCGGGCAGGAUAUCAAACGGGCAGUCAGUGAGAGAAGUGGGGGCGGCGGGGGAAGGGCAGGACGGAGAGGGGGGCAGGAGGUGGGAGAAGUGAGAGAGGAGGAAGAUGCAGGAGGAGGAGCGAGCGGCAGUGCAGCAAGGGAGAGAUCAGGAGAGAGCAGGCAAAGAAGUUUCACUGAGGGCCCUAGCAGUAGUGAUAUAGGGGCUGGUGGUGGAUUUGGUGGAGGAAGAGGGUUCUACUCCCGAGCCUCAAGAGGCAGGUUUGGCACUGGCUUGGGAAUCGGGUUAGGUUCGGCACACAGCCCUCAGCAGCUGCAUGCCUCUGCCCAAUCCAGUCCUGCCACGUCAGGAGGAAGAGAGAUGAAACGGAAAGGAGAGGCAAGAGGGGAAGAGGGAGAGAUUGUGGGUACGAUGGAGCAAGGACGUGGUAGCGGUGGGGGAGGGGAGGGGGAGAAGGGAGAAAGUUCAAAGCAGCAGCAGGCAGCAACGCCGCAGCAAGGAGCAACACCGACAGCAGGGGGAGUGCCUUGGAGAACGAGAAGUGGGCGGAGGAGAGGUGCGUGGGGAGGGGGCUGGUUGUCGCUGCUGCAGCAGGUGUGGGGGGCGGUGGUGGGUGGGAAGGAGGAGAGGGAUGGCGAGGCGGGGAGGAGAGGGUGGGUGAAGCUGCUUAUAUCGAGGAUGGCUCGCGUGCGCCUGCUACUGGGAGGACUGCUCGCCCCGCUGGGGAAGAGGGCUGGCAUUGUCUGGCAGUAUCUGCACGGUCCUCUGAAGCGGCUACGCAUGGUAACCGCAUGGGCGAGAGCGCCUCUGCGAGUGGUGCUGCGUGUGCUGCGAGCCCCGUGGGUGGUGCUAAAGGGGGCGCUGAGAUGGGUGGGCGCGCAGAAGCGGCACGAGGGGCCGCUGCUCAUGAUGGGGUGUGCCGUGCUGCUCAGCUUCACUAAUGGGUGCGACAAGCUGGGCGUGCACCACUCGCCGUCCGUGGUGGUGUUUGCGGGCCUGCAGCGCCUCUUCAUGGCCGUGCCUCCCGUGCUCUACCUCGCCGCCACCAGGCCGUCCGCCUUCCCGCUGCUGCUGCACCACUUUCCCCUGUUGGCGGGCAUAUCAGCGUUUGAGAUCACGGCCAUUGUCUUCUACCUGCAGAGCCUGCACUGGCUCCUCGUCUCCUACUCCGUCGCCGCGAAGCGCAGCAACAUCCUCAUCUCCAUGUUCGUCGGCUACUUCCUCUUCAAGGAGAACAUCUGGAGGAGACUGCCUUAUGUGCUGCUCAUGAUUUCUGGAAUGACACUGAUUAUUUUCGCAGCCUGAAGUGUAUGCAUGAUUGUGCAUUUAAAACCCAUUGAUAUACGUACUCUUAGUGCCAUGCUUGUCUUGUCUCCAACAAUGUUUUGAAGUGAUGCUG